AUGCAGCGAGUUAGGUUUUCGUCUCAACAAGGGCCGGUUCACAAGUUAGGUGAUCCUCAAAUGACACUGUCUCCUAAGUUUAGGUUAGCUGCGGUUCAAUCUGAUUUGACAAAUCCAUCACUAGAAUUAGAUUGUUCUCUACGAGAAGAGCCGUUGAUACCAGGCUUACCUGAUGAUGUUGCUCUCAAUUGUCUUCUUCGUUUACCAGUUCAGAGUCAUUCGUUUUGUAGGGCUGUAUGCAAGAGGUGGCAUGUGUUGCUUGGUAAUAAAGAGAGGUUUUUUACUAAUAGGAAGCAAUUCGGUUUGAAAGAUCCCUGGCUUUUUGUGUUUGCUUACCAUAAGUGCACCGGAAAGAUUCAAUGGCAGGUUCUUGAUUUAACUCACUUUUCGUGGCAUUCUAUCCCGUCGAUGCCGUGUAAGGACAAGGUUUGUCCUCAUGGUUUUAGGUGUGUUUCGAUGCCUCAUGAUGGUACUCUUUAUGUAUGUGGUGGCAUGGUCUCUGACGUGGAUUGUCCUCUCGACUUGGUGUUGAAAUAUGAGAUGACGAGAAAUCGAUGGACCGUGAUGAAUCGGAUGAUCGGUGCUAGGUCGUUUUUCGCCACAGGAGUAAUCGAUGGGAUUAUUUAUGUAGCUGGGGGGAAUAGUAACGAUCUUUACGAGCUAGAUUCGGCUGAGGUAAUGAAUCCGAUUAAUGGGAGUUGGCGCGCUAUUGCCAACAUGGGAACUAAAAUGGCCUCCUAUGAUGCCGCAGUUCUUAACGGGAAGCUUCUUGUAACAGAAGGAUGGUUAUGGCCUUUUUAUGUUUCUCCAAGAGGACAAGUCUACGAUCCGAGAACAAAUAGUUGGGAAAAUAUGGCGGUUGGACUUAGAGAAGGGUGGACUGGUUCAAGCGUGGUUGUUUACGGCCACUUAUUUGUCGUUUCAGAGCUCGAAAGAAUGAAGCUAAAGGUUUAUGACGCAGAAACUGAUUUAUGGGAAGCCAUUGACGGCCCUCCUUUGCCCGAGCAAAUAUGCAAACCUUUUGCUGUGAACGCGUGCCAUUCUCAAAUCUAUGUCGUUGGCCGGAAUCUUCAGGUUGCUGUCGGUUAUAUCGCUAAACUAAACCGAAAAGAAGGCCACAAGGAGAAAUUGAACUUCGGCGUUCAAUGGCAUGUAAUUGACGCGCCGAAAAGUUUAUCUGAUCUUACUCCUUCAAGCUCUCAGGUAUACUACCACCUUUACAUUAUGAGGAAGGGACAUGUGUGGAGUUCUCUUUUGUUCACAUGUUCAUAA